GGAGACGCCUUUCCCCGCUCGGCCUGCAGGGGCCGCUGCCUCCACGGCACAGAGCGGAUCCGGGCGGGGAGUCCCUGCUGCUGGGCCUGUGAGCCCCGUCAUGGAGCCUCCUCCUCUGGACCCAGUGGCACCAGCCCCUUUGUUAGUCCCACGGGAACCCCCACCUCUAGCCCCAGGGGCACCAGCCCCUUUGUUAGUCCCACGGGAACCCCCACCUCUAGCCCCAGGGGCACCAGCCCCUUUGUUAGUCCCACGGGAACCCCCACCUCUAGCCCCAGGGGCACCAGCCCCUUUGUUAGUCCCACGGGAACCCCCACCUCUAGCCCCAGGGGCACCAGCCCCUUUGUUAGUCCCACGGGAACCCCCACCUCUAGCCCCAGGGGCACCAGCCCCUUUGUUAGUCCCACGGGAACCCCCACCUCUAGCCCCAGGGGCACCAGCCCCUUUGUUAGUCCCACGGGAACCCCCACCUCUAGCCCCAGGGGCACCAGCCCCUUUGUUAGUCCCACGGGAACCCCCACCUCUAGCCCCAGGGGCACCAGCCCCUUUGUUAGUCCCACGGGAACCCCCACCUCUAGCCCCAGGGGCACCAGCCCCUUUGUUAGUCCCACGGGAACCCCCACCUCUAGCCCCAGGGGCACCAGCCCCUUUGUUAGUCCCACGGGAACCCCCACCUCUAGCCCCAGGGGCACCAGCCCCUUUGUUAGUCCCACGGGAACCCCCACCUCUAGCCCCAGGGGCACCAGCCCCUUUGUUAGUCCCACGGGAACCCCCACCUCUAGCCCCAGGGGCACCAGCCCCUUUGUUAGUCCCACGGGAACCCCCACCUCUAGCCCCAGGGGCACCAGCCCCUUUGUUAGUCCCACGGGAACCCCCACCUCUAGCCCCAGGGGCACCAGCCCCUUUGUUAGUCCCACGGGAACCCCCACCUCUAGCCCCAGGGGCACCAGCCCCUUUGUUAGUCCCACGGGAACCCCCACCUCUAGCCCCAGGGGCACCAGCCCCUUUGUUAGUCCCACGGGAACCCCCACCUCUAGCCCCAGGGGCACCAGCCCCUUUGUUAGUCCCACGGGAACCCCCACCUCUAGCCCCAGGGGCACCAGCCCCUUUGUUAGUCCCACGGGAACCCCCACCUCUAGCCCCAGGGGCACCAGCCCCUUUGUUAGUCCCACGGGAACCCCCACCUCUAGCCCCAGGGGCACCAGCCCCUUUGUUAGUCCCACGGGAACCCCCACCUCUAGCCCCAGGGGCACCAGCCCCUUUGUUAGUCCCACGGGAACCCCCACCUCUAGCCCCAGGGGCACCAGCCCCUUUGUUAGUCCCACGGGAACCCCCACCUCUAGCCCCAGGGGCACCAGCCCCUUUGUUAGUCCCACGGGAACCCCCACCUCUAGCCCCAGGGGCACCAGCCCCUUUGUUAGUCCCACGGGAACCCCCACCUCUAGCCCCAGUGGCACCAGCCCUUUUGUUUAGUCCCACGGGAACCCCCCCACUUCUAGCCCCAGUGGCUCCAGCCCUUUUGUUUAGUCUCACGGGAACCCCCCCACUUCUAGCCCCAAUGGCACCAGUCCUUUUGUUUAGUCCCACAGGAACCCCCACCUCUAGCCCCAAUGGCACCAGUCCCUUUG